CCCCCGCGCGCCCCGGCGCGGAGCGCGCCCCCAUGGAGGCGGCCGCGGCGGACGCCGAGCCCCGGGAGCGCCCCGGGGAGACCUCCGACGGGGCGCCCGCGCGCUCGCCCGGCCCCGCGGCGCCGCAGCCGGAGCCGGCCGCCCGCCGCCUGCAGGACUUCGACACGCUGGCCACCGUGGGUACAGGCACGUUUGGGCGUGUGCAGCUGGUCCGGGAGAAGACGACCGAGCAGUUCUUCGCCCUGAAGGCGAUGAGCAUCCCGGACGUCAUCCGCCUGAAGCAGGAGCAGCACGUCCACAAUGAGAAGGCUGUGCUGCAGGAAGUCAGCCACCCCUUCCUGGUCAAGCUGUUCUGGACGGGGCACGACGAGCGCUUCCUGUACAUGCUGAUGGAGUUCGUGCCGGGCGGCGAGCUCUUCAGCUACCUGCGCAACCGGGGCCGCUUCUCCAGCUCCACCGGGCUCUUCUACUCCGCGGAGAUCGUCUGCGCCAUCGAGUACCUGCACUCCAAGGAGAUCGUCUACAGGGACCUGAAGCCCGAGAACAUCCUGCUGGAUAGGGACGGUCACAUCAAGCUCACCGACUUCGGGUUCGCCAAGAAGCUGGUGGACAAGACGUGGACCCUUUGCGGGACCCCCGAGUACCUGGCCCCCGAAGUCAUCCAGAGCAAGGGCCACGGAAGAGCUGUCGACUGGUGGGCGCUUGGCAUCCUGAUAUUUGAGAUGCUCUCGGGGUUUCCUCCGUUUUUUGAUGACAGCGCAUUUGGCAUUUAUCAAAAGAUUCUUGCAGGCAAGAUAGAUUUCCCCAGACAUUUGGACUUCAGUGUCAAAGACCUCGUGAAGAAAUUGCUUGUUGUGGACAGAACGAGGAGACUGGGGAACAUGAAGAACGGAGCAGAGGAUGUGAAACGGCAUCGGUGGUUCCGGACCGUGGACUGGGAGGCUGUCCCAGAAAGGAAGCUGAAGCCCCCCAUCGUGCCCAAAGUGUGCGGCGAGGGCGACACCUCCAACUUCGAAGCUUAUCCUGAGAACGACUGGAACGCGGCCCCUCCAGUGUCGCAGAAAGAUCUGGAUGUCUUCAAGAAUUUCUGAACGUGAGCUCCCCAGCUGAAGAAACAGGGUGUGGUUUGAGCCUGCCCGGGACAGAUGGCUGCCGCCUGGGAAAGAUGGCUGCCCCCCAGGCAGACCCAAAGGAGCAUCUUCUUAACGGGAUAGGAACGUUUCCACGUUUACGUACACCCGGAUGUAUAUAAAGAGAUUGCAGAGCCAUUGACGUUCGUGGACCUGGAAUUAUUUAAGCAACUGGAAAUCGACUGCACAGUAGGACGUUUUGAAAAAAUUGUUUGGUUGUAGAUUUUAUCUUCUUUUAGGCUUGUGUUCCUACUGGGAUAUCCUGGGUUUUUUUUUUUUUUCCUCAUAGACUUGACUUUAUAAGUUUGAGCUGAGCUUGUUCAGGUAUAACCACAGAUGGUGUGCACGCGUGUGUGUGGGUUUGUGCGUGCGUGUGAAAAGGACAGUAUGCCUGCAGCACAGAAACUGUGCAGUGAUGUAAAUGUUCCUACUUUCCAGAGCCUGUGGUGUUUAUGUCUCAGAAUUUUUUUUCAAGAAUCUCUUCUCUUGGGGACAAAAUUUUAGAAGUAUGCUAUAUGCAUUUUUUUAUCAUCUUAUAUGCAAUUGAUGGUUCUGUGUGAAGAAAAUAUCAUACGAUGGUCUGUACCCAAUAUCUUUAAUGCUUUGUGUCGGGUAGCCUUGGGUCUUGAAACCAGAAGGGCAGGGAAGGAGAUGUGGGUUAGAACUUUAGAGCCAGACGAGCCAUUGACCUUGAAUGUUAUUCAAGGGGUUUUCUCUAUCACAUUAAAAAAUUUUCACACUCUGCGGGAGGGGUGGCUGUCUAUUAAUAUUCCGGGUUAAAUCCUUGAACCAAAACGCAUCUCCCAGAGCAGACGAGGAGCUCUCUGUAUUGGCUCCAUGACCUUGUCCAAAUGUUUUCUUUUCCCUUCGGUUUUGAGAAACGUAGGAAACCGGAUGGAUGCGACGGGAGUGUUGGGACCUCCCUCGUUUCUGCUGCAUUUCCCUUCUCCUCGUCAGCGUUCACCCUGAGUGCAUCUAACACCCUCUGGUUUCGUAGAGCUGGUGGGCUGGUGCAGAAUACGUAUUGGGGUGAGAUUUGUUUCGCUUUGGGCGUGAUGAUGACGGUGCCCUGAAGAGGGCCCCACUGUGCCUUUCCUGUAAGCUGGACUUCACGAAAGCCAGGUGUUGGGUUGGUCGUGGUGAAUGUGUGGCUGUCUAAAUACGGGUCUUCCCAGAAGCAGGGCGCGGGCACAGGUCCUUGGCGUCUGUCCUGUCCCUCAUUCAUGUCCUUCUCUACCGUCUGCUUCUGCUUUCUGACUCUCAACUGCGCUGUGAAAAUCUAAAGGGGGCUCUCGUGUUCUUCCGACUCUGACUCAGCUGGGGACCCAGAGGUGCUCAGACCUGCUGUGUCUCUGGUCACAGGGCCAACCACGCCCUUCGCCAUGGAGGUCUGCGCGUUUAAGAAGUACAAUGUAGAGUCUUCGGUGGCUGCAGGGAUGCAUCCAGCAGACAUCCGAGACCUCUCCUGCAUCCUCCCUUUUCCUGCCGAGAAAGGUCCAGCUCCUUGGGCAGCCGGCACGGGGGCAGACAGUGCCUGGAGGUGUGCUGGUGUCAAGGGUGGGGUGCCCCCUCAGCUCUCAGCCCCCUCCCGGGCCUCUGCAGCUCAGGUGUUCUUGGGUUACCCGGCGGGUUCUUUGCCAUCGGCACUGUUUCUCCUGUUCUGGGCCAGGAAGGCAUUUCUUCCCAUAGGCUUUGCUUCUCUCUCUCUUCUGCAGACACAGCUAGGGGUGUGGAAAGCUGCCGUUUGGGAAAAAUCAUACAUUUUUUUUUUAACAUAGCAAGAAUGUCAGAGAGAUGCAGUCACCUCUCAGAUUUGGCCAUGAAUCAGAAGGCAAGGCCUGUGUGUAUCUGAAGGUGAUACGAAGAGAAAUGACAGCUAUCAAAGCUUUAAAUUGAAGGCACUAAAUCACCCCCUUCUCAUAAAAUGGCCUUGUCUUCAGAUGGAAAUCAACUCCACAGGUGAGAGUCAGUCCAGGAUUUAGCAAAACAAACCCUUUACAAUGAGUAACUCAACAGAAAUGUAUUUUCGGGGGGUGCGCUUAGAGAAACGUUCCCACAGAACCGUGUUUUCAGUCUGUACUUUUUCAGGCAGCAUGCUCUCUGGAUUAAGCGGUGGGCCAACAGGGGCUAAAAUUUUAUCAUCCAAUUUCUGCGCUCUUUCCUCAUUGAAUGUUAGGAGGUUAGAUCGGCGAAGUGAACCUGCACAGAGAUACAGACCCACGAGGAGAAACCUAAGUCUCGUGUCCUCUGACUAUAAAACGAUUAUUAUUGGGAGGCCUAUGCCUAAAAAAUUGCAAAAUAAAUGAAACACCUUUCUUGAACACAGUACAAAAUUGCAGAUACACACGUUGGUCCCUGUGCGUAUUGUUUGGCUUCGUUCUUCCUGUCCAGGAUUUAAUUUAUGAGAUGAAAAUAGCACAAGAACGCGUGAAAAUGCAUUGCCUUAAUUUUCAGCAAAUAUGCAGGAGAAUCUAACAUGCUGAUGCAUUGAUGACUUUGUUAAAAAUGCUGCCAUCGGCCAUGCAGAACAAAUUGGAAAUUAAAAGGAGAUCCAAGGAUGGCAGACAGCAUUUGUCUCACCUUCUAGACCCUCACGCCCAUUGAGUUAUCCCAGAACGUCAUCUGCCAGGGGCUUGGCUGUAAAUUCAAUGCUCUGACGUUAUGCAAAGAUGGGUGUGAUCAAAACGAGUCUUAAACACGUAGAACGCUCGCUACGUACGUCUGACAGUUAGUUCACUCCCUGGAGGCAUUCUGAUAUGUUCACAUACUGGAUGAAAAAUAAUCAGGGUGCAAAGUUUUGAAGAAAAUGCAUGGCCAUCAACACAGCAUUCAGAUCUGGGAAAGGAUAGAUUUUUGUUUUCUGCUGUUUGAUAAGUUGGCGCUAUUUCCUUCAAUGAGAAUCCUAUUUUAAAAAGUCUUUAGGAAAUGCACACAUGACAACAGGUGGAUUGAGAUGAGUCUUGUUUUUCUAAGUCGUACGGCAUCACGUCCACGGUCACAGAAGCUGGAAUCCCGCACAGCAGGAAUGCGUCAUUUGCCGGCAAUGGAAAAAUCGUGAUUUCUGCUGUCGACUUGUCAAAACAGGCAAAAGAGACCCCAGCGGUCAGAUACAGGUGUCCAUAUCACGCCAUCGCGAUGCUUUAAAACUCCACGCCCCAUUCCUGCUGCUGCUUUUAUAAAUGUCUCCUGCCAUGCUUUGUUUCCUUCUGUCCGUUCUAUACGUCAGGACUAGCCUGCUGCCAGUCGGAGUCACCAGGAGCCCUGAGCCGUUGCGUGACGUGACAUGCAUUUGCCCUUUGCACGUACGACCUAAGUUGCCUCUCAGUUUGGAACCCCUUUAACUGGAACCCCUUUAACUGGAACCCCUUUAACUGUGAAAUACGGCUCCAUCCUGUUACCGCAAGACCCUGACGCAAUGCCCCGUAGGCACCGAGGGCCGCCCACCCAGGUGAGCUCUGCAGGCUUCCCCAGGUCCCAUCAGAACAUCAAACUCCUCGCUCUAGCUACGGGUGCAGGAACGAUUGGAUUUGUUUUUUCCAGCCCUUUGAUUUCCCAUCACAAAAUUUAUGCCAUCACAGAAGUCCUGAUCACUCCCAGUUAAGAUGUGAAAUGAGAUGCCGUCAUUGUUCUUUUUCCAGUGGUCCGUCUACCUGGCGUGUAUUUCACACCUGUUGGGCACAUCUGUGUACUGUACCCUCUAUGCCUCUUUCUGACUAGUUCAACUACCGUGGGUGCUGUCGACGUACCAAAAACAAAGAGAAAAGCACAUGCACAGUUGUCUUGAUAUUUGAGUAGGGGUGUGUGUGUGUGUGUGUGUGUGUGUGUGUGUGUGUGUCUUGGUGGAGGUGGAGUGGGGGGGAGUGGGGGGAGGGCAGGAUGCUUUCACCAAGCAUGAUGUUUUCGUGUCAAGCUUGUUUUUGCAGACCCUGUGGGGUUGCAUCCGAGGAGCAGUGCUUCAUAAUCAAAAGGAGAUACCCUGUAACCCUUUCCUCUACAUUAUUGUGUCUUAAGGUGUUCUGUUGAUCUGCUGUUUGAUCUUCCAUGCUGGACUCCUCUGUUAUUUAAGUAAAAGUCAGUACAUGUGUGUUUUUGCAACUGGGAUUUGAAGCCUUUCCACUCGCAGGUCGUCUUUCCUGGUUCCCUGAGAUGCUUUGCCAGCUCUGCAGGGCGGUUGGAGCUUCCUUCUCUCUUGCGGGAUGGAGCGCCUGGGCCGGUCUGGUGUGUCCCUGGCGAGUCACACGGGGAGCCCCGCCGGGUCAUCCCAGCUUCUCAUGUGGAUUACAAAAAAAAAAAAAGAAAAAAGAAAAAAGAAAAAAAAAAAAAAGCCUGUUUCUAACCCUGUCAAUUCCUUGCACAUUGAAAAUCACUGUGAUUUGUAUAUAUACCCUAGGAAAAUUCUACUGCUGUCUAAUUUAUGGAAUAAUACUAUCGAUUCCAGGUUUGUUUAAUAAAACUUUGUAUCUUUUAAGAUAAAGUGUGCCUCUGGUCUGCUUCUUUGGUCAGAGGGAAAGCUGUAGCUUUUCUUCUUUUAUCUACCCUAGGUGUCUGCAUUCUUUAUCUUUUUAAUUUUUUUAUUUUUUAGUGAGAUAUAAUUGACCAAAAAAUUAUGUUUGUGUUAGGUUUACAACAUAGUGAUUCUAUAUAUGUAUAUGUAGCAGAAAAACACCCCGGUACAACUAGGU